AAGAACAAGGGAUGACAACAAACUAAAAGAGUUGAAGCAGUGCGUGCGUGAGAGAGAUUGAAGACAGGACAGACAUGGAUGAUGAAGAUGUCUCUGUUUUCUCGGACUCUCCGUACCACGUUUUAACAUCAUUAUUGUUAUUACUGUUAUUUAUUCAACAAAAUCUACACCAAAUAAUAUCACUCAUUACAUUGUUAUUAUUAUUAUUAAAAACAACACCCUUACCCUUUUAUGCAGUUUCAUUCUUCAUCAUUUUUCGUCUUAACGCAUAUUGUUUUUUCUUUCCAACAACUUCAAUUAAUUAAAAUGAAAAAUUUUCGAUAACCCUUUUCUUAAUGAUGAAGAAGAUACAUUGAGUUAUUUUUUCUGACUGUGAUUCUUCCCAAUACGAUUCUUCAUUUGCGGUCACUCAUUCUAAAGGCAAGUCAUGGCAAAGAAAGGGAACUCAGGAGAAAAUAGAACCCGAAGUCCCAUGUCCCUUUUCAUUAUAGCUGGUGUAUGUUGCUUCUUCUACAUAUUGGGUGCCUGGCAGCGAAGUGGUUUCGGAAAGGGAGAUAGCAUUGCUAAUUUGGUUAAUAGACAAACAGAUUGCAGCAUUCUUUCAAAUCUGAACUAUGAGACUCAUCAUGGUAAUGGUAUUGGGAUGGAUGAUUCUAAAGAAAUCAGCGAUUUUAAACCGUGCAGCGACGAAUACAUCGACUAUACUCCUUGUCAUGAUCAAAAUCGAGCCAUGAAGUUCCCCCGAGAAAAUAUGACUUACAGGGAAAGACAUUGCCCGCCUGCAGAAGAGAAAUUGCACUGUCUUGUUCCAGCACCUGUUGGAUAUGUGACGCCUUUUCCUUGGCCAAAAAGUCGCGAUUAUGUGCCCUUUGCUAAUGCACCUUAUAAAAGCUUGACUGUUGAGAAGGCUGUUCAGAACUGGAUUCAAUAUGAGGGAAAUGUGUUUAGGUUCCCUGGUGGGGGUACGCAGUUUCCCGAGGGAGCAGAUGCCUAUAUCAGUGAACUUGCAACUGUAGUCCCGUUGGACAGUGGCAUGGUGAGAACUGCAUUGGAUACUGGCUGUGGGGUUGCCAGUUGGGGUGCAUACCUGUUAAAAAAGAACGUUAUAGCCAUGUCAUUUGCACCAAGAGACUCUCAUGAAGCACAAGUACAGUUUGCACUGGAAAGAGGUGUACCAGCAGUGAUUGGUGUUCUCGGAACUAUAAAGUUGCCAUAUCCUUCUAACGCCUUUGACAUGGCCCACUGUUCUCGGUGUCUGAUUCCAUGGGGUGCAAAUGGUGGCAUGUACAUGAUGGAAGUAGAUAGAGUUCUUAGACCUGGUGGUUAUUGGAUUCUGUCUGGUCCUCCGAUCAACUGGCAGAAAAGUUUCAAAUCAUGGGAAAGACCUGAACAAGACCUUGAAGAGGAACAGAGAAAGAUUGAAGAGUAUGCCAAGCUUCUAUGCUGGGAAAAGAAACAUGAGAGCGGUGAAAUUGCAAUAUGGAGGAAAAGAAAAAACUAUGACAGUUGCCGUAAUCAAGCUACUCAAGCUAUUAUGUGUGAAACCAAUAAAGAUGAUAGUGUCUGGAACAAGAAGAUGGAGGCAUGUGUAACACCUUAUCCUGGGGUAAGUGAACCAGAUAAAGUUGCCGGUGGGGAAUGGCUACAAUUUUCUGAGAGACUUGAGGCUGUACCAUUUAGAAUAUCUAGGGGAUCAAUACCUGGAGUAUCUGCUGAGACGUACCAGGAGGACAUUCGAUCAUGGAAGAAGCAUGUUAAUGCUUAUAAGAGAAUCAACAAGCUUAUUGAUUCUGGCAGAUAUCGCAACAUCAUGGACAUGAAUGCUGGUCUGGGAAGUUUUGCUGCCGCUCUUGAAUCUCCUAGACUCUGGGUCAUGAAUGUCAUGCCUACAAUAGCUGAGAAAGAUACUCUUGGUGUUAUUUAUGAGCGUGGAUUGAUUGGCAUAUACCAUGACUGGUGUGAAGCUUUUUCCACAUAUCCGAGGACAUAUGACCUUAUUCAUGCAAGUGGUGUCUUCAGCUUAUACAAGAACAACAGGUGUGAUCCCGUUGACAUACUUUUAGAAAUGGAUCGAAUCCUGCGGCCUGAAGGGGCGGUAAUAUUCCGUGACCAAGAGGAUGUUCUAUUCAAGCUGAGGAAGAUUGUGAGAGGAAUGAGGUGGAAUACCAAAAUGGUGGAUCAUGAGGAUGGUCCACUUGUUUCGGAGAAGAUAUUGAUUGCUGUCAAGAGGUACUGGGUUGCAGGUGAAAACAAUACAACAUCUUCACAGUGAAAAGAAAAUAAAAACAAGUUAUAUCUCGGCAAAACAUCAGCAGGAAACUGGUAUUAUCUCGAGUUGGCGUCCAGGCUGGUCAGAAGCCGAGGGACGUGGUUUUUUGCUGCAUUUUUUUUUCCCGACAAUUUCCUAUGUUUCUCUGGUAAAUAUAGAUUAUUUAUAUCAGUUACUUUAGAGCCUUGUAACAUUGGUGUCGGCUUUAAAGUCUUAGAAGAGUACUCUGUUUUUUUCCCUUUUCCGUACUAAGUUACUAACAUCUAAAAUUAUUUACUAUAAUAUAUCACCAAACUCUCACAUUUGUAUUGAUCUCGAAAGAUUGAUUAUAGAGAAAGAAAGCUAGAAUGUUAAAAAUAAUAAUAAAUUUUGGCUUUAUUUGUCUAA